AUGGCCAGUUCACCUGCCAUCGGCGAAGGAUUGACUGAAGCUAAUGUUGAACGAUUGGCACAGGUGACAGGAAUGACCCAACAGCAAGUGGGAGAAUGGUAUAGAGGAUUUAUGGUAGGUCUGUCCUGUCUGAAUAAAGAUCUCCCGGGUGGUAAAUUAUACAAGAGAAAGUUUGUCGAUGUUUAUAAACAAUUCUAUCCUCAUGGAAAAGCAGACAAGUUUGCUGAAUAUGUGUUCAGAAUAUUUGACAAGGAUUUGUCUGGCGCUAUUGAUUUGGAUCGCAAUGGAUACGUCGAUAAAAAAGAAAUGAAGAAAGUAAUGGACGCCAUUUAUGACUUACGUGGUGAAGAUAAAAAUGGUCCGAACACCUCUAAGACGAAAAUAGACGAGAUAUUUUCGAAAAUGGAUAAGAAUUCCGAUAAUAAAUUAUCCAAAGAAGAGUUUAUUAAUGGCUGUAUGGCUGACAAUUAUCUAUAUCAAUUACUAGCACCACCUAUAGGAGGAGACUUCCAGGACGAAAUUGUCAGCUCCGAUGAUGACGGUGCACAUCAUUAA